GUAACCUGAAAACAUCGAGAAAGAUCGAGAAGAGCUGGUGGCGCGAAAAGAGUAAGGGUUGGCGCCAAAAGUAGUCGGCAGAGCCAAAAUAAAAAAAGAAGGUUUUGAAGGAGUAGCAAGGGUGGGUGAAAUUGCGAACGGAAGACAAGUGGAGUGUCGAGAAUUGUGUGGGAAUAUAUGAUCGUAGGUUGUGAGAUAUCAUGCCAGGUGGAAGCCAGUAUAACUUGAGAAGUCAAGAAAGCCAACAGGGUGUGCAGGAUGAUACCGACGAGGAUGGGAAUGCGGCGCAACCAGCCCAUAUGACAGCAAUUAUAGCCAGUCUCAACGCACUCACAAAUGCAGUCGGACAGUUGAAGGCGGUCACAGAGGAAAGCCAGCGAGACAUAGAAAGAUUGCGAAACAAUAUACAGUUCGACGCGCGUUCUAACGUGAUUGAAGCAAUGCAGCAGGAUAGUGAAACCACACCAGUGACGCGACCGGAGCGCUCCACGCAAAAUGCAGUGCUAGAGGUUAGUGAUUCGGUUACAAAGUUGUAUGAUCUGCCUAUAUUUUCCGGUAACACCGAAGACUGGCCGCUCUUCUUAGCAAACUACAAAGAUACGACCGAAACGUUUCGCUAUAGUAACCGACAUAACCUAAUGCGCUUACACAAAUGUUUAGUUGGUCGUGCUAGAGAAACAGUUGCUUCCAUGUUGAUCUAUCCCGAUGACGUGCCGAAUGCUAUAGCUGAGCUGGAGUUCCAGUUUGGUCGGCCAGACCUUUUAGUGCGAAGCCAGCUUCUUAAAAUUCAGCAAUUUCAAACUAUCGCUGAAAACAAAGUGGAGCAAAUUUUAGCGUUUUCAACAAGAACAAGAAACGUUGUUGCGUUUCUAACGUCAGCUAAGUGUGAGCAUCACCUCGCUAACACGACACUGUUGGAGCAGUUAGUAACUAAGCUACCGCCAAGCAAGCAAUACGAGUGGACCAGAUAUGCCGUAAAUUUAAAGCCGUAUCCCACAAUUAAAGAGUUUUCGAGCUGGUUAAGCGACCUUGCCAGAGUCGUGUGUCUGAUGCCGCCAACAACUGCAAUAAGUAGAAGCCAACUUCCAACGACACAGCAACAGCCUCGACGUUUGAUGCAUCUCGGUAGAGAGUCGCAGCAGGAGCACUCGGGAGGUAUGCGAUGUUACGCGUGCAUGGGUGCCCACUCCAUUUCGAACUGUCAGACUUUUUGUGAAAUAAUGAGCGUCCCUGAGCGUUGGGAGAAAGUGAAAAGCCUUCAGCUCUGCUUUUCUUGUUUGCGCAAAGGACACAACACAUCAAACUGUCGCGUUAAAAAGUUUUGUGACACCGAUGGUUGCCGUCGAUACCACCACCGGAGCCUUCAUGAAAGCACAACAGCCGCCGCUCAUGCAGAUGCAGCCCGCAACCAAGGUGGGGCGCAGCCCAUUCUCAACUGUAGGGAAGCCAUAUCCACGCGCGGCCACCUGUUUAAAUACGUUCCUGUGUAAUUAUUCGGACCAAAUGGUAGGGAAGACGUUUUCGCCAUGAUCGACGAAGGUUCAGCUAUUUCAUUAAUCUAGAUGUAAGAUGCAGAGAUAGACCAGCAACCUACAGCCUUCGCAACGUGUGCACUAUCCGUAGCCUAGACUUGCCAGUACAGUCCUUCAAGAAGUUUCAUUACGCCCACUUCGAGCCAUUGCCAUUGGAAGAUUAUCACGAAGUUAAGCCAUCGUUGUUGUUAGGUCUCGACAACACGUCAUUGAGUGUGCCAUCCGCGACCGUGAAGGCCGAUAGCGAAAGUCCAGUGGCCAUUAAUACUAAAUUGGGCUGGAUAGUAUACGGGCCGACCAGAGCAGCAGUGCAAGCACCGGUAGUUCUACAUAUCUGCGAGAAAAGCAGCCUUACGUCUUUGCACGAACUAGUUACCGAAUAUUUUGCAGCAGAUAACUUUGGAGUUAAUGGAUCAUCAAAGCUUCUAGAGUCUGAAGAGAAUGAAAGGGCGCGCCAGAUGCUGCAGGCCAACACACGUCGAGUUGGUAAGCGGUUCGAAGCUGGAUUACUAUGGCGUACUAUUCCACCAAAACUUCCACACAGCUAUCAGAUGGCCUAUAAACGACUGCUAGGUAUAGAGAAGAAAAUGCGAUUUGACUCAGAAUUUGCCGCUAAAUACAAAAAAGAAAUCGCAAAGUACAUAGAAAACGGUUACGCUAGAAGGAUUCCCGACGAUGAAGAGUAUAUCGACACAGGUUUUAAGUGGUAUUUACCUAAUUUCGCAGUGCAA